AUGAAGACCAGCAUAUCAAGAUCCGCUCGAGUAGCUGCCACCACCGCUCUCGUCCUUUCUUGGGCGCAGCCUCUGCUGGCACAUACAUGGGUAGAACAGCUCAACCGCAUCGCGCCGAACGGCACCUUUGUCAACCCUCCCGGCUUCAUCAAUGGCUACAAGGGACGCACAGGUCUGGCCAAUGUCGACGGGGAGUACACAUUCCUGAUGCCUCCCAACAACCGACCAGACGGCAAGGUCAUCCACCCCGACGACAAGAUGUGCAAGUCCACCCAGGCCUUCGGCAGCAACAACGCCCAGUUCCCCGUCCUCACGGCCGCCCCGGGCGACUGGAUCGCGAUGCGCUACCAGGAGAACGGCCACGUCACCCUGCCCCAGAACCAGGCCAACAAGCCGCUGAACCGCGGCACCGUCUACAUCUACGGCACGACGGAGCUCGACAACAGCGUCAACUACGCCGACGUGUUCGGCGUCUGGAACGCCGACGGCACGGGCGGCAACGGCAAGGGCCGCCUGCUCGCGACGCGCAACUUUGACGACGGCCGGUGCUACCAGAUCAACCCGGACCGCAUCUCCCAGCAGCGCCAGCAAGAGUUUAAGAAGAUCGACGGCGGCGUGCAGGGCGACAACCUCUGGUGCCAGAGCGACCUGCAGCUGCGCGACGACCUCGAGGUCGGCAAGGAGUACGCCAUCUACUGGGUCUGGAACUGGCCCACCAUGACCACGGCCGGCGCCAAGACGGACCAGCCCACGGCCGGCGCCAAGGUCAAGGAGCUCGAGGCCUACACCAGCUGCAUGACCCUCAAGAUCGUGGACCCGUGCUCGCCCGAGCUCGGCGACGUCAAGUCGCCCAGCUGCGCGGCGGGCGGCGGCGGCGGCGGCGGCGGCGGCGGCGCGGCGGGCGGCAAGACGACCAGCAACAACAGCGGCGGCAGUAAGAAGGUCGCCCAGGCGUUCAACAAGGAGCAGGACGUGGGUAACUCGGCCUCGUUCGAGCAGAUCACCGGCGAGCAGUUCGUCGUCCCCGUCAAGCAGGCAGACAACAACAACAACAACGGCGGCGGCGGUGGCUCCAACAACACCCCGGACGUCGGCUCGCCCACGCCUACUAAGGGUAGCGGAGGCGGCGGCGGCAGGGGCAAGGGCGGCAAGGGCAACGACCACGUCAAGACCGUGACUGUCACCCAGGGCGUCGCUACUGUCACCGUGACUGCUGGCGCAAACAACAACAACAACAACGGCGGCGGCAACCGCGGUGGCCAACAGGGCGCCCCGGCCUCGACCCCAACCCCUUCGACGCUGAGCCUCAGUGUGACAACGCCCGCGGCAUCGAGCCCGACGCCGUCGACCAGCAGCAGCACCCAGCAGCAGCAGCAGCAGCAGCAGUCUACCUCGCCUGCUGUGCAGACCGCCUCUACUACGCCCACGUCCGCCGCGUCGGCGGGCUUCCCCCAGCCGACGACGGCGAGGGCCAAGCCCGGCCCGCCUACGGUCAGCCCGUUCCUGAGGCAGCGUGUCCGGCGGGUUCGUCGGGGCGCUGGCGAGUGGCGCUUCGGGUACUGA